AUGUUCUCGAUAACAGUUUUAAUAAGUUCAAUAACAAUUUAUUUUGGUCUAUUCAUAUUUAUUUGUGGUAUGAUAGGAAAUUUAAUUAAUAUUCGUCUUUUUUGGCGUGCUCGGCAUAAUCCAUGUGCAUUUAUAUUUUUGUUUGUAUCAUUCAUUAAUUGUAUUGUUUUAUUUUAUGGUUUAUUUAUAAGAAUAUUAAUUAUUGGUUUUCAACUUGAUUGGUCAACAACAAAUCGUUUUUGGUGUAAAACUCGUGCUGCACUAACUCCUGCAAGUUUUCUUAUUUCAUUAACAUGUAUUUGUUUAGCAAGUAUUGAUCGAUUUUUUGUUAGUUGUCGUCAAGAAAAAUAUAGAAAAUUGAGUCGAUUAUCAUUAGCAAAAUGGGCAGUUAUUCUAAUAUGUAUUUUUUGGUUGCUUCAUUUUGUUCCUUAUUUAAUAUACACUGAAUUAUUACGAAGUCCAAUUACAGAUUUAAUGACUUGUACACUUAUUCGAAAUGAAGCUUUUACUAAUUAUUUAAUAUAUUUUGCAUAUCCUGUUUAUUAUGGUUUAUUACCGAGUACAACUCUAAUGAUAACUGGUAUAAUGACAUAUAGAAAUAUAAAUAAAUUACAAAUUGUUCGUCAACGACAAUCAAUUCAAAAACAAUUGACAUCAAUGAUGCUUAUACUAAUUCCAAUUAUACUUUUUUCAACAUUGCCAUAUGUCAUAGUUACAGAAUACACAGUAUUGACUGUAACAAUGGCAAAAUCUUCUAAUCGAAGAGCUGUUGAACUUUUGAUUACAAAUAUUGUUACAACUACAUGUUAUAUAACAUUUGCAUGUCCAUUUUGUGCUUUUUUCGUUUCAUCAAGAUCAUUUAGAAACGAAGCAAAAAUGUUAUUUUUAUGUCGAAAAACAACUUUGACGAGAACCAAUCAAAUUCAACCAUAUUCAACAAGUAAUAGUAGAAAUAUACAAUCUAUAUCAAUGAAUACUUAUCGAAUUCCACUUAAUUCUACAACUAUUAUGAAAAAUAUGAGACCUUCGAUAAUUCAUGAAGAAUGA